AUGAGAGCGGUAGCGAAUCCAUGCGAGCUGGUACGGAGCAGCACGCGGCUGGUAUGCUCCCGAGCAGCGCACGUUUCCCUGCACAAGGACAAGCUGCGCUCCAUGGCCGACCGGCUUGCCCAGGACAACAGGAAGCGACUCGCUUCGAACCCAAGGGAGGAGGAUGGGGUGGGAUGGGAUGAGUUGAACGUUCACUUUGUGGGGAGGGAGGAGCUGAUGAUUCAGUACCUGCUCGUCCUCGACGCCAUCAACUUUUGUUUCUGGCCGAGCGAGGGAGCAUGGGAGUACUCAGACCUCUCCCUCUGCUUGAGGAGUGCUCUCCUCAAGGACGACAAGGCCUUCAGCGCCAGCAGACUAGCUGCCAUGACCGAAGAGAGCUUUCAAGUACUGCUGGAUGGUCGGACGAUGCCGCUGAUGAAGGAGAGGACGCGGCUGCUGCGGGAGGUGGGAGAGGGGCUGCAGCAGUAUGACGGGGAGGCGGCGAACCUGGUCAAGUCGGCAGGGAAGAGCGCUACUGUGCUGAUCAGCAAGGUACUGGACCUGUUCCCUGGCUUCAGAGAUCAGACGAAGUACAAGGAGGAGGAGGUGUUCUUCUACAAGAGAGCUCAGAUCUUCGUAGGGGACGUGUGGGGGUCACUGAGAGGAAGGGGCCUCGGGGAAUUUGACGACAUCUCCUCCCUCACCAUGUUCGCCGACUACCGCGUGCCGCAGCUCCUUCAUGCGGAAGGAGUCUUGUCCUACUCAGAUGCACUGGUGGCAAAGAUAUCGGCAGGACAGAUCAUUGAAGCCGGCUCAGAGGAGGAAGUGGAGUUGCGCGCGUGGUCAGUUCAGGCAGUCGAGCAGCUGGCGCAGAUGCUGCGGGAGGACCAUGGCUUGCCGCACGUGCGGAGCAUCCAGGUAGCUGCAGACGCCUGCGGGUGCGGGGGGAUGACGUCGAGCGAGGUGGACUGGAUCCUGUGGGAAGAAGGAGAGCAGAAGCAUAUCGAGAAGCUGAUCGCUCCUCAUCACCGCACGUGGACGACCUUCUACUGA